AUGCCCUUGGGUGAGGAUCUGAAGCCUGCCGCUGAUCCUCCAAUACCUGCCAAGUCCUUGCAUGUUCCUCGGAAUCCCCAGCCUCUCCGGGGAAGCCAGAACAGAGAGGGACAGACGGCAGGGGAGGCUGUGGCGAGUGCAGGAAGGGCCAGGAUUUCGACGCAGGUGGCCGCGUGCUUGGCCAUCGCGACGGGUCAGCUGGGCCUGGGAGCGGUCAACGGGUGGAGCGGCGCGGCCUUGCCUGACCUUGCCGCGGACCCCGACCUGACCCCGUCGACGUCGCAGGCAGCCUGGAUCGUAUCCAUGAUCGCCGUGGGCGCCCUAGCAAGCAGUGCAGUAGCGAGCCGUGUGAUGGACGCCGUGGGGCGGCGCACAACCCUCCUGGCGACGGCGCCCUUGCUGGUGGCGGGCUGGCUCGUGAUCGCCCUCGCGCCCCACGUGGCGGCUAUCAUCGCCGGGCGGGCGCUCGGGGGCGUCGCCAUGGGCUUCAUCUACACGACGGGGCAGGUCUACAGCAGCGAGACACCUGAGGCGCGCCUGAGAGGUCGUUUGGCGUCCAUUCCGUCGCUUUUCAUCACGCUGGGCUUCUUGCUGUCGUACUUGGCCGGGGCUCUAUUUUCGUGGCGCUCCAGCUGUUACGUGUGUUCCAUUCCGGCGUUCCUCAUGUUCCUGGCUCUCACGCUGGUGCCGGAAUCUCCGUACUGGUUGUUGCUCAAGGGGAGGAGGGAGGACGCCGCGAAGGCCCUUAGGUGGCUGCGAGGCCCUCGUUACGACAUUGCGAGCGAACUGAAGGAGAUGGACGCCAAGAUUAGCUCCGUCGGCGCUUCCCUUCAGUACAGGGAGCUGCUGCGGCGGCGGACGCGCGUGCCCUUCAUCACGGCGCUCUUCAUGCAGGCAACGCAACAGGUGGGCGGCGGCAACAUCCUGGUUAUGUACACCGCCACCGUCUUCCAGUCCGCCGGAGUUGACAACCCGCAAUUGUCGACUGUAUAUAUGGGCGUGUGCCAGCUGACAGUCACGGGAGUGUCUGUCUUGCUGAUGGAUAACUUCGGACGGCGCCCGCUGAUUGUCAUGUCUACGUGGAUACUGGGGGCGGCAGGUAUCACGCUGUCUGGAUAUUAUUACCUGCGGGAUGAGGGUGUGGCGCUCCCUGGCUGGGUAGCCUUGGUCACGGUGCUUGUCGCGGCUUCGGGGUACUGCCUCGGUUGUCGCACCGUGCCCUGGCUCCUCGCCGCCGAGCUCUUCAACACGACGAUCAGGUCCACCGCCAACUCGGCGUGCAUCUUCUUCAACCGGCUGUUCAAUCUCACCAUGAUACAGGUGUUCCCUCACUUCAAGGAGGCAGCAGGAGCUUCCACCGUCUUUCUCGUACACGGUUCUCUGAGCCUCGUGUGCGGCUUCAUCACCCUCCUCUUCGUUCCGGAAACCAAAGGCAAGACACUCGAGGAGAUCCAGGACUAUUUCGAAGAAAAGCGACAAAAGGCGACAUUAUCCAAAAGCGAGAGCAAGUUGAAGCAACUACGGCUUAUCCCUAAACUGAUCUGGCUUGCGCAACAAAAUAAGAAAAUCCUGAAAAUCGAGGGAUUUCUUAGUUGUUGCAGUCAAUCCCGCGCCAAGUCUGAUUGGCCAUGGACCACGAGCCCAGUUAAAAGAAUAUUGUGGACCAUUUCAUGUUUGUGUAUGGAUAAAUUGAUACCUAUGUUUCGACUUACUGUACAGCAAACUCUAAUUGAGAACCGCUGCCUUACACAGAGCCAGAGUACCUAUAAAGUGGCUCUUGAUUGA